AAUUUGUGUGAGUUAAAUGUGAGUGAACACUUUGCUCAGACCGAGGCCAAGGCGAAUGAAUCUGCGUGAGCCGUGAAGACUCUCUGGGGGUCCUACGUUUUCAUCUGAACUUCGAGGAGAUGGAACAAGACCGGAAUCGAGCCCUGUAUGUGAUAAGCUGCUGAGUAACUGUGAGUAUAAAAAGGUCACAGACGGUUCUAAAAAGCCCAAUCAUUGUGGAGUCAGAGAUACAUGUGAGAUCCCACCAACAGGGACACGCGUCUCGGAGAAACUGGAAUAAUUUGAGACUGAGAACAGUUUUCUCUACAAACUGCUUGUAAAAAGUGUCCUCUGGAUCUUGGCACAAAUCACAGGGACUGUGCCCAGCAGAGCUGAUAAGGUAAUCAAAAGACGGGAAAAUCUUUGCUCACCACUGUUACAAUGACUGACGAAACCACGCUGCCAGAAGAGAAAGACUGGAGGAAACUGGAACCCAACUACACAGUUAAGACUAUCUUGACGAUUGUGUACAGUCUCAUUCUACUGACGGGCAUUGUGGGUAAUUCAGUCACUAUCAGAGUGACACAGGUGCUGAGGCGUAAUGGCUACCUUCAGAAGAACGUCACUGACCACAUGGUUAGCCUGGCAUGCUCCGACCUGUUGGUGCUCCUCAUCGGCAUGCCUGUGGAGCUGUACUUCGCCAUCUGGUUCCCCUUCUCAUCCUCAUCGGGGAACGUCUCCUGCAAGAUCUACAACUUUCUGUUUGAGGCCUGCAGCUAUGCCACCAUCCUCAACGUGGCCACUCUGAGCUUUGAACGCUAUUUUGCCAUCUGUCACCCAUUUCGCUACAAAGCUUUGAGUGGAAAGCGCACCUCUGCCCUGAUCACCUUUGCCUGGGUGGUGUCUCUGCUUGUAGCCUUGCCACUGCUGAUUGCCACCGGAACACAAGGAUUCAUACCAACCCGAGCAGACACACCCGACCAGAAUCUGACCUUCUGCACCAACCUGAGGGAGCACUGGGUGAUGUACAGAGUCAGCAUAUUUGUGGCUUUUAUCGUCUACAUGAUCGUGUUGAUCGGUGUGGCCUUCAUGUGCCGGGCCAUGAUCCUGGUUCUGCAGAAACCUAUGGGACCUGUGGAAACAGGCAUCAAUGGAAAUGAGAGUUCAACCAAACAUGAAAGUUCUGCAGUCAAGACAUCAAGAAAGCAGACAAUCAUUUUUCUGGGUCUCAUUGUGGGAUCCUUGACCCUGUGCUGGCUUCCCAACCAGAUCCGCCGCCUCAUGAUGGCGGCUGUGCCGAAGUCCCAGUGGACUGCUUCCUACUUCCGGAGCUACGUCACGCUCCUCCCUGUGGCAGACACCUUCUUCUACCUGAGCUCCGUCCUCAACCCCUUCCUCUACAAUCUGUCCUCCAGACAGUUCAGGCAGGUGUUCCUGCAGGUGCUCCGCUGUCACCUCACCAUCGAACACGUCAACAAGCGCAACAUCAACCUCUCCCAGGCUGCCUCUGCGCGCUCAUUCCAGCCUCUGCUGCUGAAGUCGUUGCGUCGUAACAGGGCGAGUCGCUCCACCGUCCCACGAGAGAACGCUCCCCCCACUUUUACAACAUUUCAAGCCGCAGGUGUGACUUCAGAUCCUCCAGCAAACCUCAGCCUGACCGAGGAGCCGCACUCAGCUCGGAAAACAAAGAUAGACGUGCCAUCAGAGACUGAAAUAUGAUGUACAGUUUAAUGCAAUAAAACCAAACAUGGAUAAAACUCA